AUGGCUUAUACACACCAAGAUUCCCCCCCUGGUGCAAUUGCUCCAACGACUCUCAGUCCCCUGGAACUUCCAGCCGGGGUGACAUCUCGCUUUGUGGAUACGAGUCCUCACAGCCUCGUUUUCCACAUUCUCGAGUCGCUUCCCAAAGAGGACAGCCCAGCAGGUCCCAGACCUCAAUUGAUUCUCUUGAUUCACGGGUUUCCAGAGAUUGCGUAUUCGUUCCGCAAGGUCCUUCCUCUCCUAGCGGCGCAGGGCUACCAUGCCGUGGCUUUCGACCAGCGAGGAUAUGGCCGCACGUUCUCCCGUAAGCCUCUCGAAGCGGCGUCAUUCCGUCCCUUGAAUCUCAUCAAGGACACCGUCACUCUCGUCCAAGUUUUGGGAUACACAACGGUAUCUUGCAUCGUCGGACACGACUUCGGCGCGGUCACCGCAAGCCUCUGCGCCUUAUCGAGGCCAGACAUGUUCAGGCGGCUCGUGUUGAUGUCGCAUCCGACGAAAGGUCCUCCUCAGCUUCCCUUGUCCACGUCCCCAUCCUACGGGCAGCCUUCCGCAUCCCCCCCUCCUCCCGUGGACAUGGAGAAGGCACUCUCCGAACUGCCCCGGCCAAGGAAGCAUUACAAGUGGUACUACUGCACUUCUCCCGCAAAUGCUGAGAUGACGUUCCCAGCCGGUCCAGCUCUACACACCUUCCUGCGCGGCUACUUCCAUUUGAAAUCUGCAGAUUGGGACGGCAACACACCCCACCCCCUGGAGGGCUGGACGGCUGAUGAACUGCAGAAAAUGCCCCGCUACUACAUCAUGGACUUGGCGGACACCAUGCGCCAGGCUGUCGAACGAGAUAUGGCAGAGGAGAAUCCCAAGGCCGUCUCCUCCCGUUCAGCACGGUGGUUACCUGACAAUGAACUUGCCGUCUACGUAGAGGAAUAUGGCCGCACGACCUUCCGCGGAGGUCUCAAUUGGUACAAGGUCCAGACUCAGCCGGACGUCGCGUCGGAUGUUGAAGCCUGGUCCGGCGCAAAGAUCUCGAUACCCACCCUGUUUGUGGCUGGGAAGCGCGAUUGGGGGACCUAUCAGGAGCCGGGGGCAAUAGAGGCCAUGGAGAGCGGUAAAAGUGUGAAAGAGGGAAUGUAUAUGGGCACUGUCUUGAUUGAAGACGCUGGACACUGGGUCAACCAGGAGCAGCCGGAGAAAUGUGUCGAGGAAAUUUUGAAAAUCGUGAACCUGUCCUACGGUUAA